CAGUUGUCAUUUCGACAUUUAAGGUGAAGGUACCCCGAAUUAGACUUGCCCACAAUUACUGCUGUGUUGCCAAACUGGCACAUAUUAGUGCAGAAUAAGAACUUUUCAAUGGGAAUACUUGGCAAUAUUUUCUCAUAAAAGACAAGGUAACUGCAUUAAUUGAAACCCUGUAUAUAUUUUGUGAAUAAAACGUAUAAACAUAAUCAGCAAAGUAAACACUCAAGCACAUCAUUGAAGAUAUGCAAAACGGUUGUCGCUUGUGUCAAGAAUAAUAGGCAAUUGUGCUGGUAUAAAAAUUAUACGAUUUAUUAAAGUGGUUAACUUAGCAUAAGCAAUAUGGUUGUCAAAUAUCUGUUAUUUUUCUCACUAUGUCUAUUUGUCAGGUGUACGAUGUCGAACAAAACUGAAGAUAUUAUUGAGAAAACUAAACAAUUGGCUCCACGUCUAACCAAUGACAAGCACAAAGGUCAAGCAGGGCGGAUUGGUGUAUUUGGCGGGAGUAUUGAAUUUACAGGUGCACCGUACUUUGCCUCAAUAAGCUCUUUAAAGGUGGGUGCGGAUCUCGUCUACUUGUUUACCAACAAAGAGCCUGCCACUGUCAUAAAAUCUUACAGCCCAGAGUUGAUGGUACUACCAAUACUAAAUGAUCCUGAAGCAAUCAAGAAAAUAGAACCAUGGUUAGAGCGAUUACACGUGGUUGUGAUUGGGCCAGGGCUUGGAAGGAAUGAUCAAACGUUUGAAGUUAUAACGAAGGUCAUCGAGACAUGCAGGCAGAAGCAGAAACCACUGGUAAUCGACGCAGAUGGCCUGUUUCUUAUAGCACAACGACACGACCUAAUAAAGAAUUAUCCAGCCCCUGUUGUCCUAACACCCAAUGUGAUGGAGUUCAACAGACUGGUCGGAGACACACCCGGAGAUGGAUCGAAACAAGAGAAGGCAGCUGCAUUUUUAAUGGAAGUGGGAAGCAAUGUCACUUUGUUGUGUAAAGAUCAUGAAGAUGAGAUUAUCAGUAGGGGAACUACUGUUAAAGUGUCGGGUGGAGGGUCUGGCAGAAGAUGCGGCGGCCAAGGCGACAUCCUAGCUGGUUCACUCUCAACUUUCCUCGCUUGGUCGAUCAUGGCCGACUACGCACCGAACGUAGCUUGCUACGCAGCUUGCAGAAUGGUGAGAGAUCUGAACUCAAAGGCCUUCGUGAAAUACGGAAGAAGUAUGACUGCGACGGAUAUGAUUCCAGAGAUACACGAAGUGUUCGAAGAGAACUUUGAACGGAAAUAAUCAAUAUAAACAUUGUUAUGGUUAACACAUGGCAAACGGCGUUCUCGGGUCAUUUUGUAUUUUUAUCAUGCAUGAACGCUGUGUGAUAAUAAAUCAUUUCAACAGUU